AGGGGGAGGAGCGGUUUGAGGGAGGGGCGGGGGGGUGAGCUGGGAGCCGUUUUUCUGUUUUUUUUCAAUGCCUUUUCUUUUUGUGAAUGGAGCUCGGGAUAGUUUGCGGCUCGCUGAGCUAAAAUUAGCAGGAUUGUUUUUUUUUUCCCAGACUGCAUCAUCAUCAUCAUCAUCAUCAUCAUCAGACAACGAUGCUGUAGAAGCGGUUCUAUAAAUUGCCCAUAUGCGCAGCUCGAGAAUCGUGCCUGCCCCAGAACGUCAUGCACCAAUUUUAGAGGCGCUCUAAAAAUAGCAAUUGUUGAUAAUGCCCGGGACUUAUUCCUCAGGAUGAGGAAUAGAAGCCGUCCGACGGAUGCCUUUGUCGCCGUGACCCUGUCGCUGGCGGCGGCGGCGGCGGCCAUGAGCAACCUCAACUCUUCCUCCCCGCCGGACUCAUCCACGUCCUCCUCAUCGUGGUCGUGGGGUCUCGCGGAGGAGCCCUUCAACUCUUCUGAGCCGGCGGUGCGGAUGGGCCCCGGGCCGCGGCCGGCCGUCCCGCAGGUGAGCUCGUGGGACGUGGUGCUGUGCGUGGCGGGGACGCUCAUCUCCUGCGAGAACGCGCUGGUCAUCGCCGUGCUUUUCUACACGCCCGCGCUGAGAGCGCCCACGUUCAUCCUGAUCGGCUCGCUGGCGACGGCCGAUCUCCUGGCCGGCCUGGGUCUCAUCCUCAACUUCGUCUUCACCUACCUGGCCGACGGCUCGCCGGAGCUGCUCGGCCUCCUGUCGGCGGGACUGCUGCUCUCGGCCUUCUCGGCGUCCAUCCUCAACAUCCUGGCCAUCACGGUGGACCGCUACCUGUCGCUGUACAACGCGCUGACUUACCACACCGAGCGGACGUUGACCUUCACCUACGUGAUGGUGCUCUUCAUCUGGCUGUCGUGCGUGACCAUGGGCCUGCUGCCGGCACUGGGCUGGAACUGCCUCAGAGACGAGUCGGCGUGCAGCAUCUGCAGGCCGGUCACCAAAAGCAACGCCGUGGCACUCGCCGUGGCCUUCCUGCUGGUCUUCGGCCUCAUGACGCAGCUCUACCUGCAGAUCUGCAAGAUCGCCUUCCGCCACGCGCAGCAGAUCGCCGUGCAGCAUCAGUUCGUGGCCAUCUCCACCACCAAGGGCGUCUCCACGCUGUCGGCCAUCUUGUGUGCCUUUGGCACGUGCUGGCUGCCGUUUGCCAUGUACUCCAUCGUGGCCGAUUCCAGCUACCCGGCCGUGUACACGUACGCCGCGGCGCUGCCCGCCACCUGCUGCUCCGUCAUCAACCCCGUCAUUUACGCCUUUCGAAACCCGGACAUCCAAAAGUCGCUGUGGAUGGCCUGCUGCGGCUGCGUCCCGUCCAACCUCUCGCUCAGACCACGGGCCUCCAGUGACGUGUAGCCUGGGCAGGUAGGACCUUGGUGGUUGGAAGGGGGGUG